GCUCGGCCAGGCACGCGAAGCAGCAAUACCCCACGCUGUCACCCUGCUUUCUUUCUUGUAUUGUUCGAUACCCUGAUAGACCUCUUGCAAUAUGUCGGCUGCACAGUUGUUAAACCCAAAGGCGGAGUCGAGGAGGCGCGGGGAAGCUCUUCAGGUGAACAUCUCAGCCGGUGAGGGUCUGCAGAAGGUCCUUGCUUCCAACCUUGGACCCCGCGGUACCCUGAAGAUGCUCGUCGAUGGCGCUGGAGCAAUCAAACUCACAAAGGAUGGAAGUGUUCUAUUGAAGGAGAUGCAAAUCCAGAACCCUACCGCCGUAAUGAUCGCACGCGCAGCUACAGCACAGGAUGAUAUCACAGGCGAUGGAACAACGUCAGCAGUACUGUUGAUUGGCGAGCUUUUAAAGCAAGCCCACCGCUACAUCUCCGAAGGCCUUCACCCUCGUGUGAUCACAGACGGAUACGAUCUUGCGAAGACUGAGGCGCUGAAGUUCCUUGACGAAUUCAAGCUCGAGAAGGAAGUCGACCGCGAACUUCUGCUUUCCGUUGCCCGCACAUCGUUGUCUACGAAGCUCGACAGCUCUCUCGCCGAGCAGCUGACUCCCGAUAUUGUUGACGCCGUCCUUGCCAUCUACCAAGCACCAGCGAAGCCCGAUCUGCAUAUGGUGGAGAUCAUGACUAUGCAGCAUCGCACUGCCGCUGACACACAGCUGAUUAGAGGCCUUGCUCUGGACCACGGCGCGAGGCAUCCCGAUAUGCCCAAGAAGGUUGAGAAUGCAUACAUCCUGACUUUGAACGUCAGUCUGGAAUACGAGAAGUCCGAAAUCAACUCUGGGUUCUACUACUCGAGCGCAGAGCAGAGGGAGAAGCUCGUUGAGAGCGAGAGAAGGUUCGUUGAUGACAAGCUCAGAAAGAUUGUCGAGCUGAAGAAGGAGGUCUGUGGUGACGACCCCAAGAAGGGAUUUGUUAUCGUCAACCAGAAGGGUAUCGACCCUCUCAGCUUGGAUGUCCUCGUCAAGAACGGCAUCUUUGCGCUCAGGAGAGCGAAGCGAAGGAACAUGGAGCGCCUCCAGCUUGUCUGCGGUGGAACUUCACAGAACAGCGUCGACGACCUGACACCCGAUGUACUUGGCUGGGCCGGUAACGUUUACGAGCACACGCUGGGUGAGGAGAAGUACACUUUCAUUGAGGACGUCAAGGAGCCAAAGUCGGUCACACUUCUCAUCAAGGGACCCAACUCGCACACCAUCAGCCAGAUCAAGGACGCCGUUCGCGACGGCUUGAGGAGUGUCUACAACAUGAUCGUGGACAAGAGCGUUGUACCCGGUGGCGGUGCUUUCCAGAUUGCCUGUGCUGCCCGUCUCAACAGCGAGGAGUUCAGGAAGUCGGUCAAGGGUAAGGCGAAGUGGGGUGUCGCAGCCUUCGCUGAUGCACUUCUCGUCAUCCCCAAGACAUUGGCUGCCAACUCCGGCCACGACAUCCAAGAUUCCCUAGCUGCGCUCCAAGACGAAUACGCGGAGGGCAACAUUGUUGGUCUGAACCUGGCUACCGGCGAGGCCAUGGACCCCACACAAGAAGGCGUCUACGAUUCUUUCCGUGUUCUCCGCAACUGCAUAGCGUCGGCUACCGGAAUCGCAUCUAACCUGUUGUUGUGCGACGAGAUGCUUAAGGCACGACAGAUGGGGCGUGCCCCUGGUCCCGGCGACAUGGACCAGCAGUAGUAGAAACGAAUGUUACGAUGAAGGAGCGUAAAAGCUCUAUGACAGCACGAGGGACCAGGCUAGAGACAGGGCGACUUUGUUCCACUGCUACGCGUGGCUAUGCUCUCGCUGCGUCAUAGCAGUACAAAUGAAACAAUCUAAUCGAAGCAUGGUCCAAAUUGACUUUGGU